AGCAUUAAGCCCCUUAGCAGUUUGUCUCUUAAGGGCCUUCGACACAACCUUACCAAACGUUAUAAAACCACGCACUGGCAAGUGAAUUGAUUUAAAAAACUCAAACCCAUGAACGCGAACGAAAUUUUUUCAUGACAAUUAUGACAUUUCGUUUUCUGUAAAUAAGCGGGCAAAACCAUGGCAAAACUGCUUUAGAUUACAGAUUUCAUUAAUAAAUUACAUUAAUUAUGGCUGAUGUGAAAAUUAAAGUAACAUUCGUUAUUCCUAAACAUUGUAGCAACGAAAAUGACUGUUCCGAAGACAUGCUUAUUGCCUAUACGGCAUGUGAAAAUCAUCGUGGGGGAGGGCUCCAAGCACAGUGGGCGCAUGAGAACUCACUCACAUUUGACCAACCACCCAUGAAAAAUGACAUUUUCGUGUUAUCAGAGUUUGAAGGGGAAUUGUAUGAGACGUUGAAAGCUACAAAGUGUUUAGUGGUUGGUCCACGAUGCUUGUCCUGCUCUCUGACCGAGGGCAGCCCCAUCCCAGCAAAAGGACAUCCCGUGUACACAGUAGCAAUGCGGGGUUUGAUUGUUACCCUCAGUGGACUUUCAAAGGAAUCAAAGAUAAACAUAAAGCAGAAGAUAGAAUGGAUGGGAGGCAUAUACAGCGCGGUCUUAUCGUCAGAGACCACGCAUUUGAUCGCCAACAACGUGUUCUCCGACAAAUACAUAAAAGCAGCAGAACGCGGAAUACCAGUAAUGAAAGAAUCCUGGGUCACCGCAGUCUGGGACGCCUCUCUCAAACUGGACAUCAACGGUGGCUCAUCAGAAUUCAACGCACACCGCUUGCCUCCAUUCGCCAACUUGCAGAUCACCACAUCGGGAUUGAAUAGUCAUGACAAGAAACUGAUUAUGAAGCUGGUUAAUGCUAAUGGAGGUGACUUUUCAAGGGUGUUUUUGAGUCAGACAACUGAUGUUUUGGUGCUGACCAAGGACUCGACAUCUAGCGAAAAAUACAAAGCUGCCAUAGAGUUCGGCAAGGUAUGCGUGAACCCUCACUGGGUAAAGGAUUCCGCAGCUCUGGGCUUCGCUCUCCCAGUGUCGCGGUACAAAGUCACCUCCACUAUUACGUCGUCGCCGGUCGGUAACCGACCUGUGCCGGACAUGAGUUUAAAUCUUACGAGAAUAACGAAAGAAGGACAGCCUAAUAAUUUCGUUGAUGAAAGUAAAAUGGCGGAAUCCAUGAUGCUAUCAGGAACCUCAAAGUUGCAAGAGUCCAAGAGAGAUUCAAAUGUGGAUGAAAUUCAGAAAGCGUUCGAAGCUUUUGACGUCGCAGCCAUCAAAAAGGCAGGCCCUAUUUUUGAUGGAUUUUGUAUUUGGGUCAGUGGUCUGGACGGGAUGCCUCGCGAGCGUGCUUGGGCGUGCGUUUCGAAAGCUGGAGGCACGAGGUACGACGGGCCGAAUUCAAGAGUAACGCACGCUGUGUCGUGGGGCGCGGCGGCGGCGGCGGCGGCGGCCGCGCUGCCCGCCGUGCCGCUGCUGUCGCCGCUGUGGCUCGUGCGGAGCGUCGAGGCCGGAAGGGUGUUGGACGAGGCCGAGUUUCUCAUAAACACCGAACCGGCCACACCACGUAAAGCAAGUCAACCUCCCAUAGCAGCCGCGUCUCCUAUGAGCAAACGGACGUUGCAACUAUUACUACCCCCACCAGAGCCUAUAGUCGAAGAACAACCACAACGGGAUCAUAUCGUCGAUCAUUAUCUUAGUCAACACUUGUCACAGCAACAGGCAGCCGAAGCAAGCACAUCACCAGAACCGGUAAAGAAGGAAACUUCUCGAAACGAUGACGACACAGCCGUUGAGUUCACGCAGUCGGAAAAUAUAUUUAAAGACUUAAUAUUCGAAGUGCAAGGCCUAGAAGAUGAAGCGAUAUGCGAGAUUGGGGCGGAAAUCCGAGCGGAGGGAGGGAUGCUAGCGGCGGCGGGCGCGGGCGGCACCCACGUGCUGGUGCCGCUGGACUUCGACCACAGCCAGCUGGUCACUAAGAGUGCUGAAGCGGUUACUGUGUUCUGGGUGAAAGACUGCCUCUCCCAGCAAGCGUUGACUCCCAUCGAAUACUACCACCGCCCCGUGCACCUCAAGUCCCCGGCCUCCAACCCGCUGCACGGGGUCGUGGCGUGCUUGAGCACUUACAGCGGGGUUGAACGGGCCUUUCUAGAUGAACUGGCUAAACUUUGCGGCGCUGUUAUGCAACAACGCUUCUGCCGCCGCAGCAACUCCAGCGCGCUCGCCUCCACCCACCUCAUCUGCCCCGAGCCCGGCGGCGCCAAGUACUGCGCCGCCAGGAAGUGGGGCGUGCCCGUCGUGCGCGCCGGCUGGCUGCUGGCCUGCGCGCGCAGCGGCGAGCGGCCGGGCGAGGCGGAGCAUGCCGUGCUGCCCGAGGCUGCAGCGGCGAGCGGCCGGGCGAGGCGGAGCAUGCCGUGCUGCCCGAGGCUGCAGGUAACUAGUACUGCCCGCCAGGGGGCGGGGCUCCCCGUGGUCCGCGCCGGCUGGCUGCUGGCCUGCGCGCGCAGCGGCGAGCGGCCGGGCGAGGCGGAGCAUGCCGUGCUGCCCGAGGCUGCAGCGGCGAGCGGCCGGGCGAGGCGGAGCAUGCCGUGCUGCCCGAGGCUGCAGGUAACUAGUACUGCCCGCCAGGGGGCGGGGCUCCCCGUGGUCCGCGCCGGCUGGCUGCUGGCCUGCGCGCGCAGCGGCGAGCGGCCGGGCGAGGCGGAGCAUGCCGUGCUGCCCGAGGCUGCAGCGGCGAGCGGCCGGGCGAGGCGGAGCAUGCCGUGCUGCCCGAGGCUGCAGGUAACUAGUACUGCCCGCCAGGGGGCGGAGCUCCCCGUGGUCCGCGCCGGCUGGCUGCUGGCCUGCGCGCGCAGCGGCGAGCGGCCGGGCGAGGCGGAGCAUGCCGUGCUGCCCGAGGCUGCAGCGGCGAGCGGCCGGGCGAGGCGGAGCAUGCCGUGCUGCCCGAGGCUGCAGGUAACUAGUACUGCCCGCCAGGGGGCGGGGCUCCCCGUGGUCCGCGCCGGCUGGCUGCUGGCCUGCGCGCGCAGCGGCGAGCGGCCGGGCGAGGCGGAGCAUGCCGUGCUGCCCGAGGCUGCAGCGGCGAGCGGCCGGGCGAGGCGGAGCAUGCCGUGCUGCCCGAGGCUGCAGGUAACUAGUACUGCCCGCCAGGGGGCGGGGCUCCCCGUGGUCCGCGCCGGCUGGCUGCUGGCCUGCGCGCGCAGCGGCGAGCGGCCGGGCGAGGCGGAGCAUGCCGUGCUGCCCGAGGCUGCAGCGGCGAGCGGCCGGGCGAGGCGGAGCAUGCCGUGCUGCCCGAGGCUGCAGGUAACUAGUACUGCCCGCCAGGGGGCGGGGCUCCCCGUGGUCCGCGCCGGCUGGCUGCUGGCCUGCGCGCGCAGCGGCGAGCGGCCGGGCGAGGCGGAGCAUGCCGUGCUGCCCGAGGCUGCAGCGGCGAGCGGCCGGGCGAGGCGGAGCAUGCCGUGCUGCCCGAGGCUGCAGGUAACUAGUACUGCCCGCCAGGGGGCGGGGCUCCCCGUGGUCCGCGCCGGCUGGCUGCUGGCCUGCGCGCGCAGCGGCGAGCGGCCGGGCGAGGCGGAGCAUGCCGUGCUGCCCGAGGCUGCAGCGGCGAGCGGCCGGGCGAGGCGGAGCAUGCCGUGCUGCCCGAGGCUGCAGGUAACUAGUACUGCCCGCCAGGGGGCGGGGCUCCCCGUGGUCCGCGCCGGCUGGCUGCUGGCCUGCGCGCGCAGCGGCGAGCGGCCGGGCGAGGCGGAGCAUGCCGUGCUGCCCGAGGCUGCAGCGGCGAGCGGCCGGGCGAGGCGGAGCAUGCCGUGCUGCCCGAGGCUGCAGGUAACUAGUACUGCCCGCCAGGGGGCGGGGCUCCCCGUGGUCCGCGCCGGCUGGCUGCUGGCCUGCGCGCGCAGCGGCGAGCGGCCGGGCGAGGCGGAGCAUGCCGUGCUGCCCGAGGCUGCAGCGGCGAGCGGCCGGGCGAGGCGGAGCAUGCCGUGCUGCCCGAGGCUGCAGGUAACUAGUACUGCCCGCCAGGGGGCGGGGCUCCCCGUGGUCCGCGCCGGCUGGCUGCUGGCCUGCGCGCGCAGCGGCGAGCGGCCGGGCGAGGCGGAGCAUGCCGUGCUGCCCGAGGCUGCAGUACUGCCCGCCAGGGGGCGGGGCUCCCCGUGGUCCGCGCCGGCUGGCUGCUGGCCUGCGCGCGCAGCGGCGAGCGGCCGGGCGAGGCGGAGCAUGCCGUGCUGCCCGAGGCUGCAGGUAACUAGUACUGCCCGCCAGGGGGCGGGGCUCCCCGUGGUCCGCGCCGGCUGGCUGCUGGCCUGCGCGCGCAGCGGCGAGCGGCCGGGCGAGGCGGAGCAUGCCGUGCUGCCCGAGGCUGCAGACUCGUCUCACGUUCAGCAGAAUACACUAGUAAACGCAGCAGAAACACCUGAACCCAAAAGAAGUAUUCCUCAACCUGAAGAAAAACCAGAACCACAAACAGAAACACCGGAACCGGAAAAAAGACCUAAACCGAAAUCCAAAACUCCAGAACCUGAACUGAAGAGCAAAACACCAGAACCUCAAGAUUUAGAUGCAAAUGUGGGGCCUGAAUUCGAACAGAUACCUCCCGAAGUUGGUACCGCUGUGUCGCCGCUGCAGACCAAGAAAAAGUUUACUGUCAAUACUAAUAAAAACGAGCAAUUUGAGGGUAUGUCCCCCGCGUCGAGAUUCAUCGCGAUGCGUCGCAUGGGAAUGUUCAGUGACCAUGACGACAGUUCCAAGGAAAACACACCGAAGAGACCUGGAAACGAAUCUGACAGCGAGAUCCUCUCAAGCCCCAACCUGAAAGGCUUCAGUCCAAACACGAGGAAAAAUCUACAAGCCAUCAGGAGAGGCGAAAUACCUGAUGGACCAAUCAAGACGCCUAAUAAUCCAUUCGACAACAGGAUCCCGACGCCGGACAGCGCCUUCGGCGCCGCGCUGCGGCCCGGCCGCCCGCGCAUGUCCGUCGACGCGCGCAAGCUGCUCUGGGAGUUCGUCGACGGCCUGCCUACUAAUGAAUCCCGUACUGAAAUGGAAACGCCGCCGUCCAAAAUGGCAAAAUUCACUGAAGAUCAGUGUGCGGGUGGAGCAAGAAUACCAGACAUACAGACCACCCCUCUAGCUCCCAAGCCAGUUCAAGACUCUCGACCCAGCGUGGUUCCGUUAGAAGUAGAUGAACAGCUACAACGGCUCAAUGUGGUGCUCACGGGGAGGCGGACUCCUCGGCGCGUGAGCAGGGUGCAGCCGCUGCCAGAGAAGCCUGCAGACAUGGAGUACGAGUCCGGACCAGAGUCCCAACCCAACACCGUCGGCUGGGACGACACAACGCCAUCACAAAAGGAAUCUUUUGAAUCCAGCAAACCCCAUACCACCGUCACAACUCUAGACAAAUCAGAUAAAACUAAAAGUAAUAUAGAACCGAAAGAAAAUAAUGCAAGUAGUGAAAUCAAUGUAGAAAAAGAUAGUUCUAAAAUGGUAGUAAAUGUGUCAAAUAGUGUAUUGAAAGUGGACAAAGCUGUGGAAGCGAAGAGAGAAGAGAAGAGAACCGUGAAGAAUUUUAUGCUGUCUUCGAAUGUUGAUAACCGCGAAGAGACAGUAGAAAUGAUCCUCCGGCUCGGCGGCCUGGUGACCGACCUGGACGACGACGAGGCGGGGCGCGCCGCGCCGGCCACGCACCUGCUGUGCGCGGCGCCGGCCCGCAGCCAGCGCGUGCUCAACUGCAUCGCCGGCGGCUGCUGGGUGCUGCACCCCGCCUACGUGGCCAGGAGCGCCGCCCACGGCACCUUCCUGCCCGAAGAAAACUUCGAAUGGGGGAACCCCGUCGCGAGCUGCCUGCCGCCAGUGAGCGGCGGGGAGCGCGUGCUGGCCCUCGCCGCGCACCGCUGGCGGACCAGGCGCGCCCGAGGGCAACCUGGGCCGUUCGCUGGCGUCGUAGCACUCUUACAUGCGCCCGAACAGAGGAGGAAAUUGCUGGCGAGAUUAGUGAAAGCUGGAGAAGGGACUGUUGUGGACGAAGAACCCCCAUACACCGACGAAACCAUCAACGUCUGCUUCGCCGACCCGAAGCGCUACCCGAUGAAAGAGCGAGACAGGGCAUGGCUCGUGUCUCGUCGCGUCCCUGUCUGCGCCUCCAUACUUCUUAGCGCGUUUCUGACGGAAGAAAAUCGUCCGGAUUUGAACCAGCACUGUUUAUCUGAGUUUAGACAAUAACCCCAGAUAGGUAUGCCAUAAGCAAAUGUAUCUUAUGCGUAACCAUAAUAUGCAGUUUAUAAGCUUGUAUUCUAGCCAAUUUAAACCAAGCUACCAUUCCGAAAAAAAAAGAAAAUACCAUCAAAUUGUUGCCAUGAGAUAUACACACAAAAACAAUGAAAAUGAGUCACUUUAUUAAGGAAAUGUCUUUACAAAAUUACCCUAAAUUGCUCUUAAAGGUGCAUUACCUUUUGUCCCAGUCCUACAUGUCCAUGAGGCGAGUACACAAGGGAAUGAUGAAUGCACUUAUUCCCAUCUGUGUCCGGCGGGGACAAAUAGGAAUACAACCUCAUGACACAGAUUAUAUGUAUGUUGAAAUGUGAGAUCAGCUACAUUUACUUAAAACUAGUUAAAAGUUAGACCUAUUUGUAGAUUUAUUAGGGCGUUUAUAGGUAAUAUAAGAUAAUGUUAAUUUGUCCUACUUCGCAGGAACGAAUAGAGUAUUGCAGAAGAAUAUGAUGACAUUUUGGGAUGACUGACUAAUACCAAAGAUAAUUUGAAAUAAAACUUUGUAGCCACCUAAAUUUACUGCCAUCUUUCAACACAUAAUUAAAACUUUUAGAACGCCAUUUAACUUUGAUGCUUAUUCUUUCACUGAUAUGUGUAAAAACUUGUGUCGAAACGAUGCCGCCAUACCUUUGGCCUUUGAUCUAUUAGAUGGCGUUACAUUUUGAUAUUUAGUGAAAGAAUAAGGAUCAAAGUCAAAUGUCGUUCUAAAAGUUUUAAUCAUUUGUCGAAAGAUUAGUAAAUGUUUUCAGGCUGCAAAUUUUUCUUUGACAAUUCACCUCUAUUUCAAAUUCUCUUUGCUAAUACAUAUUCUAAUGGAAAUAUUUUAACUUGAGGUCAAUACUAGUAAGUGUGGUUGACCUUCACAUUGGGGCCUAUUUACACAUUCAUUAAUGUUUAUUGCACGUUCAUACAUUUCCUACUUGCUGUUUGCAUUUAUUGGCAAAUGUGUGAACUCUCACUAAAUACGAAUCAAUGUGUAAAUAGAUCCCAAUUAGGUGGCAAAUGUGUGAACUCUCACUAAAUACUUAUCAAUGUGUAAACAGGCCCCAAUGUGUGAACUCUCACUAAAUACUAAUCAAUGUGUAAACAGGCCCCAAUGUAACUUUCACUAAUAACUUAUCAAUAUGUAAACACGCUCCAAUGUGGCGGCUAAUGUGUGAACUUUCACUAAAUACUUAUCAAUGUGUAAACAGGCCCUAAUGUGAAGGCCAGGCACACUUAUCCUGCAGCCACGCUUACCCGUAUUGACCUUACAUGGUUAUGAUGGGCAUUAGACUAUCUGGGAGCUCUUUAAGAAUAUGACUGCUAUAUGAUUAACAAGUAAUAAUAUUCUAUCAUCAUAGUUUUUUUUUUUAAAUAUGACUUUAAUUCCAUAGUUCUUGUAAUAUUAAACAUAAUUUAAUAUAAUAAUUGUAUAGUUUUGGUUAAAAUGUAUUUUAAGUUAAGUUUUAAAAUACGAAUUCAUUCAUUUCUCAAAAAUAUGCAUUGAUGAUAUGACAUCGAAACAAUUAUGCUGUAACAUAUUUUUGAGUGUUUGAGUGUUUUGUAUUAUUUACAAUAUUUGACUGUAUUAUAUACUUAAACACGUUAUUUUGACAUUCAAUAUUUCACCUUAAAUCCGUAUAGAUAUAAAACUUAGUUAAAAAUAGUUAAAAAUAUUGUAUCACAAUUGUUCCUAAUAUCGCAGUAAAUUAGUUUGACAUAA